GCUGAUGCCCCGGCGCUGCCUCCCCAGAUCUCCCCCGACCCGGAGCUGGAGGCGCAGGUGCUGAGCCUGGCCAUCCGCUGCAUCCACAGCGAGGAGGGCUGCCGCUGGAGCGGGCUCAUCAAGCACCUCCAGGCCCAUCUUGGCACCUGCGGCUUCAAUGUCAUCCCCUGCCCCAAUCGGUGCAGCACCAAGCUGAGCCGCCGCGACCUGCCCGAGCACGUCCAGCACGGCUGCCCCAAGCGCCGGGUCAAGUGCGAGUUCUGCGCCAGUGACUUCACCGGGGAGGCCUUCGAGGGCCACCAGGGCACGUGUCCCCAGGAGAGCGUCUACUGCGAGAACAAGUGUGGGGCCCGCAUGAUGCGGCGCCUGCUGUCCCAGCACACCCUGGCCGAGUGCCCCAAGCGCACCCAGCCCUGCACCUACUGCGCCAAGGAGUUUGUCUUCGACACCAUCCAGAACCACCAGUACCAAUGUCCCCGGUAUCCCGUGCCCUGCCCCAACCAGUGCGGGACGCCCAGCAUUGCCCGGGAGGACGUGCCCACGCACCUCAAGGAGAGCUGCAGCACUGCCAUGCUGCUGUGCCCCUUCAAGGAAGCUGGCUGCAAACACCGCUGCCCCAAGCUGGCCAUGGGCCGGCACCUGGAGGAGACCACCAAGGCCCACCUGGGCAUGGUGUGCGCCCUGGUCAGCCGGCAGCGGCAGGAGAUCCUGGAGCUGCGACGGGACAUGGAGGAGCUGUCGGUGAGCAGCGACGGGACCCUCAUCUGGAAAAUCGCCGACUACGCCCGCAAGCUGCAGGAAGCCAAAGCUCGCAGCAACUAUGAGUUCUUCAGCCCCCCUUUCUACACCCACAAGUACGGCUACAAGCUCCAGGUCUCGGCUUUCCUCAACGGCAACGGGAGCGGGGAGAGCAGCCACCUCUCCGUCUACAUCCGCGUGCUGCCGGGCGAGUACGACAACCUGCUGGAGUGGCCCUUCUCCUACCGCGUCACCUUCUCCUUGCUGGACCAGAGCGACCCUUCGCUCUCCAAGCCCCAGCACAUCACCGAGACCUUCCACCCUGAUCCCAACUGGAAAAACUUCCAGAAGCCGGGAGCCUCGCGCAGCUCCCUGGAUGAGAGCACCCUGGGCUUCGGCUACCCCAAGUUCAUCUCCCACGAGGACAUCAAGAAGCGGAACUACGUGAGGGACAACGCCAUCUUCAUCAAAGCCUCUGUGGAGAUUCCCCAGAAGAUCCUGGCCUGA